UGGGAAGGGCAGCCGGUGCCGUCGCUGCCAUUUUAGGGAAGUCCUGUAGCUGAGGCCUUCGCGUCUGGGGGGGGGGGAAGUCCUUCGUGGCCGUUGUGAACACGGAAGAUCGGUCUAAGGCCUACCGGGCCCGCUCCCGGACUUCCGAUCUCGGCGGAGCUCUCAGGCAGUGUCCGGAGACACCGGGGAGAGAGAAGUAAGGGAGCGCGAGGCGGGGGGGAGAGGGGCCCGUAGGCGAAAGCGGCCGAGCCAACAGCGUCGUCGGCCCGCAGAGAUGGGCCGGUCCCGGAGUCGGAGCUCGUCCCGCUCCAAGCACACCAAGAGCAGUAAGCACAACAAAAAGCGGAGCCGGUCGAGGUCGCGAUCCCGGGAUAAGGAAAGGGUUCGCAAACGCUCCAAGUCCCGGGAGAGCAAGAGGAACCGGCGCCGGGAGUCGCGCUCUCGCUCGCGCUCCACCAACGCGGCCGUGUCCCGCCGCGAGCGGGAGCGCGAGCGCGCUUCGUCCCCCCCGGACCGCAUCGACAUCUUCGGGCGCACGGUGAGCAAGCGGAGCAGCCUGGACGAGAAGCAGAAACGCGAGGAGGAGGAGAAGAAGGCAGAGUUCGAGCGGCAGCGAAAGAUUCGACAGCAGGAAAUAGAAGAGAAGCUCAUUGAGGAAGAAACAGCGAGAAGAGUGGAAGAACUUGUGGCAAAACGAGUAGAGGAAGAAUUGGAGAAAAGGAAAGAUGAAAUUGAGCGAGAAGUUCUCCGAAGGGUAGAAGAAGCUAAGCGCAUCAUGGAAAAGCAGUUGCUCGAAGAACUCGAGCGACAGAGACAAGCUGAGCUUGCAGCACAAAAAGCUAGAGAGGAGGAAGAGCGUGCAAAACGUGAGGAACUAGAGCGAAUACUGGAAGAGAAUAAUCGAAAAAUUGCAGAUGCACAAGCCAAACUGGCUGAAGAACAGUUGAGAAUUGUUGAAGAACAAAGAAAGAUUCAUGAGGAAAGGAUGAAACUAGAACAAGAGAGACAACGUCAACAAAAAGAAGAGCAAAAAAUUAUCCUGGGCAAGGGGAAGUCCAGGCCAAAACUGUCCUUCUCAAUAAAAACCACCCAGGAUUAAAUUGAAAACUCUGAACUUUUUACAAAGAGAAAUGGAAAAACUUUGUAUGGUAGCUUCAUGUUGAAGUGGGGGUUUUUUUUUGUUUGUUUGUUUUUUUAAUUUGGAAAAUCUGGAAAGUUAGCUUGUUCUAAUAGGGGCUGUGCUCUGCAACUUUUUUUUUCCUUUUUAACUUCCAUUAAGUCAAAUCCUUAUCAGAUCAUUGUUGUCUUCUAAAGAGUGAUAUUUUCACCCAUUUUAAUUCUGUAUUAGUGGUCUGAAGCAAAUCAGGUCAUUAUAUAAAUUGUGGAUGGUCUGAUAAGGUUUUUACUGACCCACUCACCUCAGAGUUUAUACUCUGUUUAUUAGACCAUAAUGCUGGUUUUGCCGACUUUUUUUUUUUCUUUUUUCUUUUUUUUAAGAAAAAAAAAACACAAAAAAAAGGGAAAAGUUGGUAAUUGCAUUGGUAAAUUGCCAGGGUAUUACUGGACCUAGGUGGUGUAUUGUUAAAUCAGUGUCCUGUGAUACUGCUCCACUGUUGCGCUUGAUGUUCCUGAUACAGGUAAGGAAUCAAUUGGUCAACUCUGCUAUAAAUAUAUAAAUAUAUAUAUAUAUAUAUAUAGUUCAGUAUUGUCUCUGUUCAGUUUGUUUUUCUUACAUUGACUAAAUCCAACCAGCAUUCCCCAUUGUGUAAAUAAAUCAAUUUGCUGAAUAAAAUAAGUCUUAAAUUCAUAUGUUUAAGUAAUUUUUUUUUAAGUUCUAUUUUUAAAAAAACUUUUCGUCAGUCAACAGUUUAGUAACACUUCAGAUCACUAAUUUUUCUCCCCAGUUUAUACCUUUAAUAUAGAAUUUAAAAUAAGCUUAUGAAUUAAUAUUUAAUGGCUAUUUUCAUAAAUAUCUGCUUUAUAAUGAUAGAAUGAUUAUAGCUUCAGUAUUCAUGUUUGACUGUAUCAUUUACAGGACCCCAGAUAGGCAUUUAAAUUCUAAUCCCCUCUGGUUUGUGCCUCUAAAACAAUUAGGAUUGAAGUAUUAUAAUCACAGAUUGUUCUUAAAACUAGGAAAAAAUAUUUUAAAAUUAUAAGGCAGGGGUUUGGGUUGGGUUUUUUUUCUUCCAAAAUUCAGAAAGUUUAAGCAUUUGUUUAUUCAGAAAGUUUUCAGAUUUUUUUUUUAUACAUGCAUAUAUUUAUUUUAAAGAAGUAUAUAUUUGAAUUUUAAAAAUUUCUUAUGCAUGUGAUGGUCGUCUUUUUUUAAACAGAAAUUCUGAUGCCCUCAGUUUGUCUAUGUUUGGGUUUUUAUUUUUUUUUCCUUUUACCUACUGAUAUUAAAACAUGAGAAAAUGAUUUGGGUACAAAAAAGUGAUUACUCAAGUUAGAGAAACAUGGAGUUAAAGUGAGAAAAUGCUAAUAUUAUUUCAUAGGAAAUUUCAGUACAGGCCAGGGUAACUAAAAGUUAGACUUCUUUUCCUUGCAUGCUUACUUCCAUUCUUAUCUUGUGGAGGAAGAUAAGAUAGUGGCAGUAAAGUAAAAGUUACAUGAUCAGUUUAAAUAUCAUUCAAAAUAAAUUUUAAAAUAAGGCACAUAAUUAAAAAUAGGCAUGAAUUGUAAGAGCCAUGCUCCUAAACAAACGUGAUGUCAGUGGCUUUAAAGUUAUUUUGUUUUACCAGAUGAAGGAUAAGCAAUUUAGGAUCCAAAUAUUUUCAUUAUUGCUGCACUUGCUUUUUUUUUUUUUCUUAACCCUUGGGUUUUAUUUUUUUGUUUUCAUUUUGUCUUUGCUUUGGGGGAGGUUUAUUGGUAGUGUAAAUGUCUACACAAUCCUUUAUGCAGAUUAAUUGCUGUAAAGUUCUGUAUUUAGGUUUUGGGAACUGUGUUAACUUAAUCCUAUUUUGCUUUUAAUUACAAAUGUAUUUUCACAGCACUAUAUAUAAAGAGAUGGCUUGGGCUUACAUUAUUAUAGGUAGCUUUUCAUGCCUCUUCUUGAUCCUGUUUUCUUACUGCAACAAGUGAUAUGGUUAAAUCACAGUAAGUUGCAUAUUGACAAAUGUCUAUUUGUAUUAUAUCUGCUUGCUGUCUGAGACUAUAGAUUUUGAAAUAUUUCAUGUGCUCAAUAAAAAGAUACUGCUUCUCCUGCCAGGCUGCGGGGAAGAGAAUAUGAUAAAUGUUAAAUAAUAUAUACUAAGUCCUUAUUUGUGCUGCAACAGUGUAGUAAUUCCUUUACGGUUAUGUAUCCACUGCCUUUGUUAAACAUACUAUAAAAUCAUAUCACAUUUUAUCUACAAUUGAGAAUGUACAAUGAUUCAAUCUGGUCUCUUAAAUUUAGACUUGUUUUUAAGUUUCAGUGCAUCCUAGAAUGAUUUGAAUUAUAAGUUUUUGUUUACUUUUGUUAACUUGAAAUGUCUUAAAUACAGUAAAUGCCAUUGCUAUUGACCUAAAAUGAAGUUUGCAGAAUACCAGUUGUAUAAAGAAAACCUUCAAAUUA